AUGAGUGAUGAGGGUAUAGAGCAGAUAUUGAAUGGGGAUAUAGAUCUAUACGAGUUCCUAGAAGUACAGCCGUCGAACUCAAAGCCCGAGAUCAGAAGACAGUACAGACGCAAAGCUUUGAUAUAUCAUCCAGAUAAAGAAGGGGGAGAUGCCCAUAAGUUCGACUUGCUUUUGAAAGCGUACGAAAUUCUCGUCAACGAUGAGCUCAAGAACCAGUAUGACCAAAUUAAGGCAAUAAAGAAACGAAAACAGACUAGUAGAGAGCAAUUGUUGAAUUUGACUAGACAGUUCCAGGAAGAAUUAGAGAAAGCAGAGAAACUGGCACAGGACGAAUUGAACUUUGUCAAUAGACGAAAGAGGCAGAAUGACUUGGAAAAGUUGAAGGAAGAAGGCUUGAAACGAAGAAGAACGCUCGAGGAGAAACUUACUGCAAAGAGCACAUCUAAAACUGUUACGAGAAAGUAUACUUCUUUUGAAGAAAUACCGAUCAAACGUCGCAUCACAUUCGAUGACCCAACUUCAAAUUCCAGCACAACAAACCAAAGGUUGAAAAUUAAAUGGAAGUAUAAGUCUGAACUAAAAGGUCUCAUAACAGAAGAUGUGAUCAAGCAAAUCAUGGAGAUAUUCGGCAAAGUGAGCCAUGUACAAUUAUUGAAAUCAAAGGAUAAACAUCCCAGAUAUAGCUACGCUUUGAUCACUUACGAAAAUUCCGAAGACAGUGAAAAAGCUUUACUGUACAACUACAGAGAAUCGGCCAGACUAUGGGAUGGAACCAAUGUCAGAAAGCUAGCUAGCUUACUAAGAGACUGUGUUAUUGUAGAUGAAUCCAAAGAAAAAGAUGAUGGAAUUAUAGACAAAAUCAAAGGGAAUGUCAAUUUGCCAGCAGAUUUCAAAUUGCUGAGUAUUCACAAACCUAAAAUAGAUUCGAUUUUGAAUAAUUUCACGUUAACCCACCUAGAGAAUCUACAAAAAAUGUAA